UUAAUACAAUUAUACACUUACACAAACAUACCUGACACACAUACCGAUUUCUUCCUAUGCAUCCCGUUAAACACUACAACUACAAAAUACAACAGUUACAUCAUAGUAAAAUCACAAGGAAGUAACUAACAAUUAAUUUUUACUUUACUGUUUGUUCCUCAGCAGAUAUUUCAGUGACUAAUUUAACCUGUAACGACAGUAGUAUUGUGAAUGUGGCCUUUAUUUUGAAAAAUAUAUCAGCUUUAAUUUUGAAAACAGGAAGUGGUAAUUAUGUUAGUGGGCGCUAGUGGAGUUCGAAGCCGGAAGAAUUUGUAAACAGAGGGUUUUUUUCUGAAUAAAACAGAAAGCAUCGACCGCCAUGGGAUAAUUAACAGUGAAAUGACAAUAUUCAGGUGACGAAGACGAAGGAAGGAGAACACGAUGGAGGACGAAGAGUGGUCACAGCUCGAAAGGAACCCGGACUGGAUGUCCUCUCUGCCCGAGGAACUGCUGGAUGUCCCGCUGUGGAACUUGGCCAUACCCGGAAGCCAUGACAGCAUGUCUUUCUGUCUGGAUGAGUCCUCACCUGUGCUGAGAUCAGAGUCCUGCCUCCUCAGAGUACUGGACAGUCUGUUUCCCUGCUGGACUCGUCCCUGUGUUUACCGCUGGGCCACCACACAGCAAUCAGUCCUCAGUGAUCAGUGUGAUCUCGGGAUUCGAUUUUUGGACCUACGGAUCGCCAGGAAGCCAUCAGGAGGCAGCGAAUUAUACUUUGCCCAUGGCAUCUACACACUAAUCUCCGUCAAGGAGGCUCUGUAUGAGCUCACUGCCUGGCUGGAUGCUCAUCCUAAAGAGAUUGUGAUCAUUUCAUGCUCGCAUUUUGAUUCGCUGAGAGAUGAAGAUCAUGUCUGUCUUGUGGAGAGCAUCAUCACACUGUUUGGAGAAAAACUAUGCUUCUCACAGGACACACCUACUCUGCGCUCCUGCUGGUCCAGAUGUCAGCAGGUCAUCGUUUCCUAUGGAAACAAGCAGGUGGUGCCGCAGCAUCCUGAGCUGUGGACUGAAAUACCAUACUGGUAUGCUGACAGUCCAAACCCUAAGAAGGUGAUCACUUAUCUGGAGGACCAGAAGCACAGAAGAAGACCCGCUGGUUUUUACGUCAGCGGCCUAAACCUGACAGAAGAUGCACCUUACGUUGUCCUCCAUCCCCUUCAGAGCAUGAGGAAGAUGACGAAGAAGGCUCUUUGGAUGUUGCUGAGCUGGACGGGCGAGCAGCAGCCAGGGCCUGAAGACGGUGAAGUCAACAUCAUCUGCUGUGACUUUGUGGACAUCAGUCAGUUCUGCUCGCUUGUAAUUGGUCUGAACUACAAACUAGUGGGCGGAGCCAGCAGGCUUGCCACUCGUUCAGGUUUUUAGAAAACCGGGAUGUGCAACUGACUGUGUCUGAGAUACAGCAUACAAAACACACCUUCACUCAAUGUCACACACACAAAACAAUGUCAUCCUGUUCACACUGGAUGUAUAUUACUGGAUAUAUUAUCUGAUAGCAAUUUCACACUGCACAUCACCAAUACUAUCUCAUCAUAUAAAUACAUGAAGCCCAUGUUUUUACUCCUGUCUUUUGCACAUUACACACAAGAUUAUUACUGCUUUCUGUUUAAACUGCACAUAUCCAUUCACAUAUACUUUAUUUUCAGCAGUAUAUACAACUUUUUUUAUUACACAAUAAAGUGUAGUUGCAAACUGUAAGCACAGUUUAACUGAUGUGAAAAUAUAUUUUUAUUAUAAUUGUGUUGCCAUAUUGUCAUUCAUUUUCUGUCUGUUUAUGCUCCAUCUGUACUUAAUUAUACUUUUUUUGUAAUUUAAAAAAAAUGUUUGGCAUCUGGAUUGAUGACGUUGUUGCAUUGUGUAAAUAAAUAUUUAAAAAUUACUCGAAUAACUGGUGACUAUUUUUGCUGCUUUUUAGUAAAUAACAGCAAAUUAACAUUCCUCCUUUUUUAUAAUAUGCAUCAUUAAUGAUUCUAAAUUCAUUUAAGGAGGUUGUAUUAGUGUACGGGUAUUGAAUGUUCAUUAAAAGACUAAUUAGGUCUUAAUCUCCCCUCACACAGUGGUUAGUCAUUACACAGUGGAAUCAUUUUCCUGCAUCAAUUUAGGUUAAUGAUAAACAUGAAUGUUUUUUUAUGUUUUUGUGCUAGAAUUGGGGGGGAAAGCAUGGAUCUUUAAGAUUAAAUGCACACAAAUUAAUACUCUGCUGCCCCCUUUGGGCCAAAUAAAGAAGUGAUUCUAUCAUGUCUAUAAAGCAGCGCUCUCAAACUCAAAUGACUUGGGGGCUGGUCAGUUGGGGGCCUGUCAAUUGAAAAAAUUAUAUUUGUGAUAAUAUUUUACACAGAUGAUGAUAUGCUAUGAUAUAUAGUUCACAACAAACACACAUUUAAUAAGACAUUAAAACUUGAUUUUAAGUGGCACAAAAGGCCUACAGGCUUUCUUUCCUCCCUUAAAUGAAAAAGAGCAGUUAGUGUUGAAAGACAGACAUUUGCACUUUGAGAGGCCCG